AUGGGCGUUGAUCUCUUCCACAGAGCUGUGGAUGCCUUCCCGCUGACUAUGCCUGACCCCUUGCCAACGAACCUGUACGGUGCGGUUGCCUACAGUCUUGAGGCAAGCUACCAGAUGCCGUUGACAUUUAAUGAAAAAAAAAAACAUGUUCGACACUUGUUAUCACCUCCUACACCUUUGACACCGCCGCUUGCAUCACAAAAGCAGAGGCCAUUCAUUAAGCUCAGUACUUUGCAAAAAAAAAAAAAGAUUCUACCACUUUGGCGUUUGGCAUUUGAGUCCGUUCUUAUCUUUGCUUCUUAA